UAGAAGAGGCAGGAGCGGCGCUGGCAUCGACAAAAUCAUGGCUGGGAUUUACUAUUUCAUCCUCUUUUCGUUUCUGUUUGGGAUUUGCAAUGGUGUCACCGGUUCUAGGAUAUAUCCCGCCAACGAAGUUACCUUAUUGGAUUCCAGAUCGGUUCAGGGAGAGCUUGGGUGGAUAGCCAGCCCUUUGGAAGGAGGGUGGGAAGAAGUGAGCAUUAUGGAUGAGAAAAACACUCCGAUCCGUACUUACCAAGUCUGCAAUGUGAUGGAGUCCAGCCAAAACAACUGGUUACGAACUGAUUGGAUUCCCCGGGAAGGGGCUCAGAGGGUAUAUAUUGAGAUUAAAUUCACACUGCGGGACUGCAACAGCCUACCAGGAGUUAUGGGAACUUGCAAAGAAACUUUCAACUUGUACUACUAUGAAUCCAACAAUGACAAAGAGCGCUUUAUCAGAGAAAGCCAGUUUGCCAAGAUUGAUACCAUUGCUGCUGAUGAGAGCUUCACCCAAGUGGACAUUGGUGACAGAAUCAUGAAGUUGAACACUGAGAUAAGAGAUGUGGGGCCACUGAGCAAGAAAGGAUUCUAUUUGGCUUUUCAGGAUGUCGGAGCUUGCAUUGCCUUAGUAUCUGUUCGGGUUUUCUAUAAGAAGUGCCCAUUGACGGUUCGAAAUCUGGCUCAAUUUCCAGAUACUAUAACUGGGGCUGAUACAUCCUCCCUAGUGGAAGUUCGAGGCUCCUGUGUCAACAACUCAGAAGAGAAGGAUGUGCCAAAAAUGUAUUGUGGGGCAGAUGGUGAAUGGCUGGUACCCAUUGGCAACUGUCUAUGCAAUGCUGGGCAUGAAGAGAGAAAUGGAGAAUGCCAAGCCUGCAAGAUUGGAUACUACAAGGCCCUUUCCACUGAUACUGCCUGUGCCAAAUGCCCGCCCCACAGCUACUCCGUCUGGGAGGGAGCCACCUCCUGCACCUGUGACCGAGGCUAUUUUCGAGCAGAGGAUGAUGCAGCUUCCAUGCCCUGCACUCGCCCACCAUCUGCUCCUCUCAACUUGAUUUCCAAUGUCAAUGAAACAUCAGUGAAUCUGGAGUGGAGCAGUCCUGAGAACACGGGAGGCCGUCAGGACAUUUCCUACAACGUGGUAUGUAAGAAGUGCGGUGCUGGGGAUGCCAGCCGGUGUCGAUCCUGUGGCAGUGGAGUGCACUAUACACCCCAACAGAAUGGCCUCAAGAGCACCAAAGUCUCCAUUACAGACCUCCUGGCACAUACUAACUAUACUUUCGAAAUCUGGGCUGUGAAUGGAGUGUCCAGGUAUAGCCCAACUCAGGACCAGUCGGUUUCAGUUACCGUGACGACAAACCAAGCAGCUCCAUCUUCUAUCGCUUUGAUCCAGGCUAAAGAAAUAACAAGAUACAGUGUUGCACUGGCUUGGCUGGAACCUGAUCGACCAAAUGGAGUCAUCUUAGAGUAUGAAGUCAAAUAUUAUGAGAAGGAUCAGAAUGAACGCAGUUACAGGAUUGUGCGGACAGCCUCCAGGAACACUGACAUCAAAGGCCUGAAUCCCUUGACUUCCUAUGUAUUCCAUGUGAGAGCUCGGACAGCAGCUGGCUAUGGAGACUUCAGUGAGCCCUUUGAGGUCACGACUAACACAGUGCCUUCCCGAAUCAUCGGAGAUGGGACAAACUCCACGGUUCUCCUGGUGUCCGUUUCGGGCAGCGUGGUGCUAGUGGUCAUUCUGAUUGCAGCCUUUGUCAUCAGCCGGAGACGGAGUAAAUACAGUAAGGCAAAGCAGGAAGCAGAUGAAGAGAAACAUUUGAAUCAAGGUGUAAGAACCUAUGUUGACCCUUUUACAUAUGAAGAUCCCAACCAAGCAGUUCGAGAGUUUGCCAAAGAAAUCGAUGCAUCCUGCAUUAAGAUCGAAAAAGUCAUAGGUGUGGGUGAAUUUGGUGAAGUAUGCAGUGGGCGUCUCAAAGUACCUGGCAAGAGAGAGAUCUGUGUGGCUAUUAAGACUCUUAAAGCUGGAUAUACAGACAAGCAGAGGAGGGAUUUCCUGAGUGAGGCCAGCAUCAUGGGACAGUUUGACCACCCAAACAUCAUCCACUUAGAAGGCGUAGUCACCAAAUGUAAACCUGUAAUGAUCAUAACCGAGUACAUGGAGAAUGGCUCCUUGGAUGCAUUCCUUAGGAAGAAUGAUGGAAGAUUUACAGUGAUUCAGUUGGUUGGGAUGCUUCGUGGCAUUGGUUCUGGGAUGAAAUACCUCUCUGAUAUGAGCUAUGUACAUAGAGAUCUAGCUGCCCGGAACAUCUUGGUCAAUAGCAACUUGGUCUGCAAAGUAUCUGACUUUGGCAUGUCUCGUGUUCUUGAAGAUGAUCCUGAAGCAGCUUAUACAACCAGGGGUGGCAAGAUUCCCAUCCGGUGGACUGCACCAGAAGCAAUUGCUUAUCGUAAAUUCACAUCUGCGAGUGAUGUAUGGAGCUACGGAAUUGUGAUGUGGGAAGUGAUGUCUUAUGGAGAGCGGCCUUACUGGGAUAUGUCCAACCAGGAUGUUAUAAAAGCCAUUGAGGAAGGCUACCGGCUCCCUCCACCAAUGGACUGCCCCAUUGCUCUCCACCAGCUGAUGCUAGAUUGCUGGCAGAAGGAAAGAAGUGACAGGCCUAAAUUUGGACAGAUUGUCAACAUGUUGGACAAACUCAUCCGCAACCCCAACAGCUUGAAGAGGACGGGUACUGAGAGCUCCAGGCCCAACACUGCUUUGCUGGAUCCCAGCUCUCCUGAGUUCUCUGCUGUGGUAUCAGUAGGUGAUUGGCUGCAAGCCAUUAAAAUGGACCGGUAUAAGGACAACUUCACAGCUGCCGGUUACACCACUCUCGAGGCUGUGGUGCACAUGAACCAGGAUGACCUGGCAAGAAUCGGCAUCACGGCUGCCACGCACCAGAGCAAGAUCUUGAACAGCGUCCAGGCAAUGCGGACCCAAAUGCAACAGAUGCAUGGCAGGAUGGUUCCUGUCUGAGCCAGUACUGAAUAAACUCAAAACUCUUGCAAUUAGUUUACCUCAUCCAUGCACUUUAAUUGAAGACCUGCACUUUUUUUACUUCGUUCUCGCCCUCUGAAAUAAAAAUCUGCAGCAUUGCUUGGUGGAUGGAAUUGCUGAAACUGUGGGCCUCCACUAUAGAAAUGACAACAUGUCAUUGAAACCAGACCUGGAACAAAUUGUUUCUCAAAAUAUAUUGCCAUCAAUCCACAGUGUGUAAUAUACAUGUACCUAUAUAAAUAUAACAUCACCUCCAAGUUUUUGGUGUUGUGUUUGUUGCCAGAUGCUGGGCUUCUACCCACAGCCUUUCUCCUCUCCCCUUGGAAUUACAUCCAUAGUAUUUUAUUUGUGGGAUAAAUCACACUCCUGCAUCUUUCACUGGAAUGAAGAAUUUGCCCAGGAUAUCCUCGACAGACUUGAUCUUGGCUUACAGGGCAUCAUAGAUACUGAGGGAAAAUCUCCAUGAAAAAUCCCAUGUGGCUGCUCAGUGCCUCGUCAUAGGUGCUUGGCUGGGGCCAGGCUUAAGCUGCCUUGUGGAUUACUGGAAAAGAAAGGAAGAAAGAAAGAAAAACAGGGAAAAACAUAACACACCAAAACCUCUACAAAUGAGGUCUGUUUCUUUUCUGGUUGUUUCUGUGCCAUAUAAUAUCUUAUCCUAUGAACGCUACGGACUUUUUGUAACUACCUUACUGACAGCUGCCUGUGACAAUCUUGAAUUGGCAACUUCCAUACUUCCCUCGUUUUUUAGAAGCAACUACAAAGCGAAAAGGGAAAGUGGAUUCUUUUUUUUUUUUUUUGGCCUCACAGCCCUGUCCAUUGAUCACAUUGACCAUGGGGAAAAGAAAUUCAAGAAGCCAAACCUGAACUUGAAUCCUUCCAAAUUCCACGGACCUUCUGCUUCCUCCACGCCAGUUUGGGAUGGGGCAGAGACACUGGACAAAAAAAGCAUUGGUCCCUAAAAAGCAAAAGCAUGUGACUUUCAGAUUUCCUUUUUCUUAACAUUGGAAGAAGACACCAUCACCACAACCAACACCACCACCAAACCUCCUAGGCUCAGCAUCGAUUCUCUCCAGUUGUCACUUUGAGGAAUGUACUAUAUUGAAGCUCUAGCCCUGAAGAGUCCCUCUUUUUCUCCUUGUUAUGAUUUUAUUUAUACUCAUUUCCAUAGCUCUUUCCUGUAUGUCUCUGCUGCAUCUGGAUGAUGGCAAGUGACCCAACACUACAGGUCUUAACAUGGACACCGAGUCAGGUGCCGCCACGCCGAACAAAGCCAGUUCAUAGGAGCUGCCUAGUAUAUGCAUUGCUGAAGUUACAUUUUACACGAGAUGUGCCAUUGCAGUGAUAUAAAUAUAUUUUUUUUCUAGACUAAAUAAUGAGCUGACUAUCUCUUUUGAUGUGUGUACAUAGGGGUGAGUGAGAGUGUGUGUGCGUGCGCGUGAAUGAGUGUGGUACAGGCAUGUAUGUAUAUGUAUUAUCUCAUGCUUAGAACUGCCUAUGGAUAUUUUGGAAAGCCCCUCAUAAGGUGCUGGCUUUCCACUGCAUCCAAGCUGACAGAGUAUGAGAUAGUAGGUCUGUAGACUAUGUCUUUCCUACGAGCAAGAAAACACAGAAGUGUUAAGUUUCCUGUAUCUCUAAGUGUAUUUUGUAGCUGCCACGCUAACCUUAAUCAAUAAUCCUGCAGCCUAAGACGGAGGCACUUUCACCUUAGUUACGGAACAAUUGAUGGGGAAAAAAAAGUCUGUUCAGGUGAUGGAGUGGCCAUCAAUGUUGCUAAUUCUGAUUCAAGUCAUUCUCAGAAUCACAUUUAUUGAAAGAGGGAAGGGGAUGAGAUCUGUAUCUGGUUAUCUGAAAUGUAAAACAACAAAAGCCUAUUUUCCUGCAUAAAUGGACUUGUUAAAUGUGAACAAAUAUAUGCAAUUCUUAUAUACAGUCAGAGAUGCACUCUGACAUCAGUGUCAGGUGCUAAGAAGGUUGUGUCCUGUAAUUAAUAGCUUGUCUCCCAACAUCACAAAAACCACAUGCUAGUGAUGCUUGAGGGUACACUCUUAGGUCCAUGAAAGUAGCUUCGAGCACUUCCAAGUUCCAAAUUUUCAUGGAAAGUUACUUUUGUAAAAGGAAAUAUUCUAUCGUAAAUUCCUGUGGCCCUCACAAUGGCACCAGCAUCUAGAAUCCAAGGUCUAGAAUGUGAAGAUUUAGUGUUGACAAAUGCUACUCGUUCUUGGACGGGAAACAUAUACCAAACUCCAGCCAAUGUACUGCCAUUCUAUGGGUUCAGUUAAGGGACUGACAUGCAUGAUUGUCGCAAAGAUUGCUAUAACAUCAUGUUUCAGGAUAAAAAAAAAACUCCACUAACAAGAGGCAAAAUGCUGAACCUAUGCCCACCAUCAAUCAACCUUGAUUGCAUUCACACAGGGUGUGUACUCUAGAAAUUGUACUACAGAGUCAAAAUUAAUUUUCCAGUAUGUUACCCCUCCUUAGGCCCUUAUUUUUUUUUAAAGGGAAGUGCCUAUAAAUAGAUACUUGGGAAUAAUAGUAUAAACCAUAGGAUGCUCUGAGCAGACUCUCUCUCUCUCAAAUAUAAUCUUAUUUCCUGAUCUCUAAAAUGAGGGGGUUAGAUAAUUGGCCAAAGAGGUCUACUGUGCUAGAAGCAGAGAACAGGAUGAGUUACCCUGUUUUUGCUCCACUUAGUAUCUUCCCUAGAACCUAGCACAGUGCUUUACACAUAGUAGGCACUUAAUAAAUGUCUUCUUUUUAAUUGAGUCAAAUCAGUUGUGACCUGAGUACUGUCACACAAAUACAGCGUGCUCAGAUAGCAAAUUACCAUCAAAUUGUGAACAAGACAGCUUUAAUUCAUCUCUCUCCUCACCCCAGACCAAAUUAAGUGAUGCCAGUAUUUGUCUGCCGACCCCUUGUUAUUGAAGGAGGUAAUCAAUGGGACACACUACCAACCGGACUCCAGGAUGUUGGAAGUCAAGGGAGGGAGGUGGGCUAGGGGAAGGUUGUGCUCUUGACACUGCUGGUAAAUAUACUUUGAGAUCUCUUGCUGUAUUCAGUUAAUGAUGAAGAUGUGUAUGAAUGCAUACACAUUUAUAUCCAUGUAUAUGUUUGAAGACAAAAAAAAUUCUCACCAGGAAAUGAGACUUUUGAAAGCAAUAUUUUCAUUUAACAUUCUCCUGCCAAGAACAAACAUUGACACAAACUAAAGAGUGCAUUUAUUUUUUUGUAUCACUGCAAGUAUAUUGGAAUAUGCAAGGACUGUGGUUAACAUUAGAAUGUAUAAGGCAUAUUAUAAUUUAGUUCAUGCUAAAUUUUUUUAACAGACCAUUGCUUGGUUCAUAAAUGUCCAUAAGUUUGAGUGAUCUCUGAGUUAGACAUAGAUUUUCUAUUUUGUUUUAAUUUGUCAUUUUUUUCCCCUAUUUGGACUUUAGGUACACAUAACUUAUGUCAUUUAUUUAUGGUCUUUUAUACCUAGUUUGUAAAAUUGUAAAAUAGCAAACUCAAUGCAAAAGUUUGCAUUUGAAAAUAAUAAAGUAGUUGCUGUAUCAACAAGGAA